AUGCGUAAAUGCGCACGCUACGGGUCGCCGGCCGUGGAAUUGGGCGGAAGCAGCGGCAACCACAACGCCAGCAGCAGCCCAGUUCAACACUACAAAGAAGAAUCAGGACUGGCGGGAACCCAAACACCACCUAUGCGAGCAAUAAUGUCUCUCGACACACAAGAUUACGACGUGCUCGCCGUCGAUGUAAAGCUUAGUGACCAAACACGGUGCAUACUCGACUUCACCGAGAGCCCGUACGUGGGGCGGCUGCUGUCGAUGCCACAGCCGGUCUCACUCUCCUUUGGCACCGCCGCCACAGUGCGGGAGCUGAACAAAAUUGUCGAACUCCGUCGACGCGCAAUGUCAGCCGCAACCGAGCACUUUGAAAAAACGCGCAGCGCGUGCGGCGAUGGAGGAAAAGGCGUUGCGGCGCGCCACAAGACUGUGGGAACAGUGACAGCGGAUGCGGAGACUAUUACUACUACUACUACUGCUGCUGCUGCUGAUGAUGAUGAUGAUGCAGAUGUCGCACAAACCACAGAGGAGCCGUCUUCAUGUGAGCACAAUGCACUGCGGGCGUAUGUGCGACAGUUGUCGGAAAAUCGGGAACUCUUCAUGGGCGUGGUGGAGCUCACGGCACGCCUUGAGAUGGAGCAGACACUGGACAUUCUAUGCGCAGAGUUCCGCCGCAUUUACAGCGCGGAGGUGCGGUGCAAGUUUGACAUUAGGCUUCUCUCUCUUCAGGAGCACGAUUCUACUAGAUUGCGAGCGGUGUACGACUUCCACGAGGCGGCCAUUCGCGCUUUUGCGUUGGACGCCAAAGCGAAGGCGUCUGUGCACAACCCGCAGCAGCAGCAGUAUGCAUUGCUCCCCUCCUCCUCUUCCCACACGGUCGCUGAGCCGUUCGUGGAUUCCAGUAAGGCCCCUGAGCUGGCACGGCAGUGGCACCGGCAACUGGCAAAGGAUUGCUACUUCUUCCCACGGAGACCGCAGCUGGGCGAGUUGACGCAGUCCGCUGACUUUGGCAUCUCUGCGCUGCAAGAUAAGUCCUGCUUCGACGAGACGUUCGCCACUGCCCUCCCGCGGCACCCGUUCCAGAACCCCACGUGGGAGCCCGACGACGCGGCGAAGGCAUGUCCGGUGUGCGGUGUCGUCUUCGCGUCGUGGUCGAUGCUGACAUUCGACGUUGUGCGUGCAAGUCACUGNGCCGUAUCUGCGCAUCGUGCACAUCGUGGCAGCUGGACCGGUCGAUUGCACGGCUCAGUAAACCGGGCGGUCCAGAGGAGGGCCAUCUGCGGCGUGUGUGCAGGGAGUGCUACGAUCGGGUGGAGCAGCUCAACAAGCAUACGUUUCUCUGCGAGGUGUUUGUGCGCGCCGGGCUGA